AUCCAGCUCAGGGGAGGCCGAGCGUUCUCCCCCAACAUGGAUUCAAACAGGUCCAGGAUUUAUGGAAACAUGAGAUUUCCGCUGCUGUGGCUAUUAACUGUAUUUGCAGUGGUUGAUCAUUGCUCUGCAGUCGCUGAGCUGCGGGAAUGUGAGGCCGUCGGCAGUGUAUGCCACCCUCAGGCUGUCUGUUUGAAGGUCCAAAAUAACUUCACCUGUGACUGCAAUAUGGGCUACCAGGGUAACGGCAUCGAGUGCGAGGACAUCGAUGAAUGUCUCACUGGACUGAACACAUGCAGCCGGAGAGCCCGCUGCAAAAAUUCCUUAGGCAGUUACACAUGCGAGUGUCUUGACGGAUACACUGGAGAUGGCAGCAUCUGCCAGGACAUUAACGAGUGUGACAAAGAAAACGGUGGCUGCCAUGUCAAUGCUGACUGUACAAACUUUGAGGGGACUCGGAACUGCCUGUGCAAAAUCGGUUUCAGAGGCGACGGCUUCAACUGCACCGACGUGGACGAAUGCAAAUCCCCAAGAACCUGCCACUGGAACGCCACUUGCACCAACAACCCAGGGUCUUAUGUCUGCACCUGUAAUCCAGGCUACAAGGGCAACGGGAUCUACCUGUGUCUCGACAUAGACGAAUGCUCAGAGACUCCCCAAGUCUGUGCCUCCUCGCUUGGAUACAGAGGAUGUAAAAAUCUUCCUGGCACUUACCGCUGCACAUGUAGCAGAGGCUUUGAAAGUAAUGGACAGAGUUGUGUGGACAUUGAUGAAUGUGCAAGCAAUACUUGCAGUUUAUAUGCAAAUUGUCAGAACACCAAGGGAUCAUUCCGGUGUACCUGCAAUAGUGGAUUUGUAGGAAAUGGGCUGACAUGUGCAGAUAUAAAUGAAUGCAAUGGAAAAAAUGACUGUGACCCUAAUGCAACUUGUAUCAACAGACUGGGCAGUUAUGAGUGCUCUUGUCUGGAAGGUUUUUUGGGAGAUGGACGAAAGUGUGUGGACAUCAUUGAGUGCGAUACACCUGACAUCUGCCCUUCUACAACAGCCUGUGUCAACACUCCUGGGUCGUAUUACUGUGACUGUGGCACUGGCUUCAUCUUGAAUAGCACACAGUGUGUAGAUGUAGAUGAGUGUGCGGCAGGACUCUGCAGCCCUUUUGCAAUCUGCACAAAUUCACCUGGAACCUACUCUUGUCAGUGCAUGGCAGGGUACAGGGGAGAUGGCUUAUCCUGUGUAGAUGUGGACGAAUGCUCACUGGCUCCACGGUGCCACUUCAAUGCCCGCUGCAUAAACACUCCUGGCUCCUAUAACUGCACUUGUCUUGUAGGUUAUUCUGGAGAUGGCACAGUUGUGUGUGAUGAUGUGGACGAGUGCCUGGUGGAUAAUGGAGGUUGCCAAAACAAAGCUACAUGCAUCAACAAGCAAGGAUCCUUUGCUUGUUUGUGCGAAGCAGGUUUCACCUUGAUUAACAAGACUCUCUGCCAAGACAUAAAUGAAUGUGUUGAACUGGAUAAUCCAUGUGGGGUGAAUGAAGACUGCAAAAACAUAGAUGGUUCAUAUGCAUGUCCCUGCCAGGUGGGGUACUACCGCCCCACCAGCAACAUGGACUGUGUGGAUAUGGACGAGUGCAAAAGCAACCCGUGCCAUGUCAAUGCCACGUGUCUCAACACCAUCGGGAUGUACACCUGCACCUGCAAGAGAGGCUUUAAAGCAAAUGGCACCGAGUGUGUGGAUAUAGAUGAGUGCUCUGUGGAGGGCACGUGUCAUGCUCGGGCUGCAUGCUCGAACUUUAUAGGGGACUUCUUCUGCGAAUGUGAGGAGGGUUUCAAAGGUGAUGGCUUCUCCUGUGAGGAUUUGAACGAGUGCUCCCUGUCAGACACCAUCUGCCCUGAUUUCUCCCAAUGUGUCAACUCCCCUGGUGCUUACGUGUGUUCAUGUUUGAAUGGCACAGUGGCCUUCAAUGACACCUGUGUCCCACCCAGCCCACAGUGCGACCCUGCAUGCCACAGUCAAGGCUUGUGUCAUCGCUCGCCGGCCGGGUAUCAGUGCGUUUGUGAUCUGGGCUACAUUGGCAAUGGACUGACCUGCCUGGAUAUAGAUGAGUGCAAGAGGGAAAAUAUUUACAUCGAUGAGUGCCAGGCCCAAAACGGAGGAUGCCACCCUGUUGCCAGCUGCAUGAACACUCUUGGAAGUUUCUCAUGUGUCUGUCCAUUUGGCAUGGAGGGCAAUGGCUUUGACUGCCGGGAUGUGAACGAAUGUGAGGGGAACUCCACCCUACCCAACAACUGCAGCGCCCAGGCUGUGUGCCUCAACACCAAAGCAUCCUACCUCUGCCAGUGCCAGGACGGAUGCCAGGGCGAUGGUUACGUCUGCGACGAUGUGGAUGAAUGUCAGCUGGCCACAUGCUGGAAUGGUUACCAAAGCAAUGGCACCACUGGUUGUGAGGACAUUAACGAAUGCCUUGACAACGCUACCUGUCCCGAUCACAGCAAAUGCUUCAACACCAAUGGAAGCUACUAUUGUCUUUGUGACACUGGAUUUUUCAGAAACAAUGAUACCUGUGUGGAUGUCGAUGAAUGCAGUGACAAGCCUUUGGGGGAGCUUUGCACCAAUGGUACAUGCCUGAACUCUCUUGGCUCAUAUUACUGUGAGUGCAACAAAGGAUUCUGGAGUAAUGAGACUGAGUGUGUCGAUGUGGAUGAAUGCUCAGAUUCCCUGAACUCUUCAGUGUGUCAGCCCAACUCCACAUGCAUCAACAUCCCGGGAUCGUACCGCUGUCCUUGCAAUGAAGGUUUUACCGUGAAUGGGACACAAUGUCAGGAUGUUGAUGAGUGUCGUGACCCAGAUGACACACCUUGCCCUGAUAACUCAUUUUGCAACAACACAGUUGGGUCCUUUCUUUGUGUGUGCUCUCCUGGAUACAGACGCAUUGGUGCAGGCUGUGACGAUAUUGACGAAUGCCAGUACAACACCACCUGUCGCUCCGAUCAGGUGUGUACAAACUUUCCCGGAGCAUACAACUGCUCUUGCCAGCCUGGCUAUCAUGAAAAACAGCAGGCGUGUGUAGACAUCAACGAAUGUGAGAAUUCCCCUUGCCAUCCUUUGGCACGGUGCUGGAACACACCUGGCACCUUUUCCUGCCACUGUCGCUUAGGCUUCACUGGAAAUGGCUCCUGGUGCCAAGAUAUAGAUGAGUGUAUCGCCCCGAAAAAACCGUGCCACCAUCUAGCUCGCUGUCACAACACACCAGGAUCAUUUUUAUGCACUUGUAUGGCGGGCUUCACAAGCAUCGGAUCGCUGUGUGUGGACAUCAAUGAGUGCCAGCAGGACAAUGAGAGCAGUCUGUACCCCUACGGAGCAGAGGCUGGCGACAAUGACGUUAAAAUAGAGGCGGAAGAUGGAAAUUCACCUUAUAUCUUUCCACCAAUGGGUUUUCCUUUCAUUGGGAAACUGUAUACCAGGGUUUAUUUCUCUGACAAUGGACUCGUCCAGUUUCAAACUGUCGCUGAGAACGAGCAGUACCUGUUGCCAUCUCCUUUUGCAAGCGGUUUUCCUGAUGACCUGAAUGUGUCCUUGUUGGCGGUGUUCUGGGACGACGUUAACCUCACUCACGGGAACGGCAGGCUGUACUAUCAGGAAUAUCAUAAAAUGGAUGUGUCAGACAUCUAUUCCCAAAUUGUGUUCAAUCGCACCGCCAGCGAGGUGACAAAAUUCGAGGCCCUGACAGGCAUGCCUGCUUUUAAUCCUGCCUGGAUUCUCAAGAUCACCUGGGAAAACGUGAUGCCUGUCUUCUUCCAGCAGAUCAACUCAUCAGAGACAAACACUUUUCAGUGCGUCCUCGCCACAGAUGGCGCCCGUUCCUUCGCCCUGCUGCGAUACGGAGAGAUGAACUGGGGUCCCGGGCAGAGGGAGCACCAUGACGCUCUCAUCGGCUACACUGACGGAAAAUACUCCUUUGUGGAGAAAACUACGCCUCCAGAUAAUCUUUUUGGGCCUGGGGGCAGAUACAGGCCGCAGCAGCUGAACGGAACCUUGGGUAAAUCGGGCCAGCUCGUGUACAAUUUGACAGGACCGACGGGGUCCGAAGCAGCUCCGGAAACCCGGUGCCAGGCUUGGGCCAUGAAGCAGCCCGACCCUGCUGGAUGGAUAAAGGACCUUCCCUCAUGUCCUUGCACCCGCACCCAGGCCCUGGAGGAGCUGUCUUUCUUACAGGAUACAGCUGAUCUGAGCUCGAAGGUGCAGAUGCUGAGGGGUCAGCGAUGGGGCAGCGCAGCAGGACACGUCUUCCGAUCUGUGCUGUCUAGCGGUAAAGGUGCAGGGAAGAGGUGUGUCUAUGAGCUAGAUGGUCCCCUGCUGGCCGGGUACAACGAGGCCUAUUUCUCCGAACACAGCAAACAGAGACACAUCGAUGAGGAUCUCCUGCCCUUCCAGUGGUGCUGCAUUCAGUCUACUCUGUGCCAUCUUUACCUCGACAAGAGGCCGCUGGACCGUUGCCAAGGUUACAGCUGGGGCAGCCCGAACGGCUCCACCAGGUCUAAUGAGGCAGCGCAUGGUGUGGCGAUGGUUUCCGGCGGCCUCCAUUUCAUUACUUUUGACGGGACGGAGUACUCCUUCAAGGCCCUUGGAGAGUUUGUGAUAUUGCGUCUCUCCUCCGCCACCGGCUCUAAUAUCUUCACCCUGCAAGGACAGACAGACAAGCUCCACACAGACGCAAAGGGGAUCAUUGAAAUCCCAGUGGUGGUGCGCAUGGCUGCCUUCCACCAAGGCAUCGGCAAGGUUGAAUGGAAGUCUUCAGAGGAACAUGGCGGACUGAGACUUUUUGUGGAUGAUGCUGAGGUCUCGGUCAAAGGUGUCGAUGAUGCUGUUGUGUAUGUGGGGAAGACGGGCUUUGCCGUGCGCUGCCUCUCUGAGGACCGCUGUGCAGCCGUAUACGCAGGCGGUCUCAACGUUCUGGUGUGGCGCGGUGAGGGCUCCAAUCAGCUGGCUGCCAUGGUGGAAGUUCCUCAGACCUUCUACAAUCGCACUGUGGGGCUGAUGGGUCUCUGGAGCUCCAAUCCCUCAGAUGACUUCCUCAUGUCCGACAGUAAGGUCAUGGUCUCGGAGGACCUCAACCCACCCACAGAGGAGCAGCUGCAGGCCUUUGGUCUGUCCUGGACGGUCCCAGGUCCGGAGAGCCUGUUGUUCUCAUCACCUCCACAAGAACCGCUAAAGUCUGUCCCCACUGAGGAACUGCUGAACACAACCAGUCCUGCUGAGAUGAAAGAACUCAGGCGGAGCUGUAGAGACAGCAUGCCGUGCAUCCUGGACACCUUAGCAUCUGGGCUCCCUGAAGUGGGCCAGCAAACUUUGGCAGCAAAGACGCAACUCCGGAAUCGGGCUUGGAUCCAUGCUGACAUGCCCCCAAUAGUUACCAGUCCCACAGUGAUCCAUGGGGAGGUCAACUCUCUGACCAACGUUCAGAUCGUCGCCGAGGACCCCAACAAUGACCAAAUCACUUACUCGCUCCUCUUACCCAGACCUCCUCAGACUUCUAUCGGCAGCGGUGAUGGCUACCUGACAUGGACGCCCCUCAGUACCCAGCCCGUCCAGAUCACCAUCAGGGUCAGAGACCAGUUCACCAGCUCGCUGUUCACCCCCAUACUGCGUGUCUGCGGCUGUUUAAACGGAGGGACGUGUCAAUAUGACAGCAUUGCCGAAAACCACUUGAAGGGAAGAUUCCAGGUGGUCGGUUGUCUGUGCCCUGAGGGAUUCAGCGGGACGUUCUGCGGGAACACGACUAAUGUCUGCCGAGGAAAGCCGUGUUACCGAGGUGUGAAGUGCCGGUCAAAUUCAGAGCCGAGCCAGUUCACCUGUGGCCAGUGUCCCGAUAACACUGUGUCUAAAGGGAUGGAGGGAUACAAGUGUUUUGAACACGAUAUGUGCCGCCCUCCUUUCCCGUACCUCUGCCAUGAAGAUGCAGUGUGUCAGAGUACCAGAGAAAACUUCACCUGCACCUGUAAGCCUGGUUUCACUGGGGAUGGAUACAACUGCACAGACAUAGAUGAGUGUGCGACCCUGAAGGCCUGUGAGAACGCCAAGUACCAGUGUAGGAACAGGCCCGGCUCCUUUCAGUGUCUGUGCCGGUACCAAGACACAACGGACGCUGAAGGUUGUGGUGACUCUCCCAAUCCUCCAGGGAAUAACGUGUUCAACGUCUCUGUGGAAUGGCAGAAGACGAGCGCCGACAGACUCAAACAGAUGGAUGAAAUUCUGAGAAAAGGUUUCAGCAAUAAGUUCUAUAAUAUCUCGAAGAAAAACAAAGAACAGGCGUCCAAGCCAGCUGUGGAAGAAUAUCGUAUCAACGUGUCCAGUGACACACCCCACUGGUACAUUGCGGACUAUCUGGCAGGAGUGAGCAGACACUACGACAUCCGGAGAAUAGAAAUUGAUGGUAAAAUACUUUUACUCCGCUUCCAUUAA